AUGGCAAACCCGGUGCUGUGGGACAGCACAGAGAUGCCCAUGCGUCUGCUGAGCAGCAGCGGCAGCAGGAAGCAGUGUGCUGGUGGCGCGGCGGUGCUGCUGGAGCUGGCGUGGGUGGGGGGAAGCCUGUGGGAGGGAGGCCAGCCUGAAGACGGCUUCGGCGUCCCUAACCAUUACCAGAAGAUUCCCCCUUGGUCCCCAUCUCAACACUUUGAUGAAGGCAGACGCCUCGCUGCAGCCAGGAACAUGAAGGGCUUAUCGGGCAGCCGCUCCCACCACCAGAUCCCUUCGCCGCACGCCCUGGACUACGACCCCCACCCCCACGACUUCCACUCCCACCAUGGCGCCGAGUCCCGCCACCAGUCCUACCUGCUCAGCCCCACCGAGAGCUGCCCCAUGGACUUCCACCACCGCUACUCGCCGCGCAGCUCCAUCCACUCCGACUGCAUGAUGGUGACCCCGGUCAUGAUGCCGCCGGCCGCCUCCUCCGACCACGUCUCCAGCAGCACCUUCCCCCGGAUGCACUACAGCAGCCAGUACUACGACCCCGCCGGCCGCGAGGACUGCGCCGCCAUCGCAGCCUCGGCCACCUCGCCCGCCCAGGCGCAGGCUCAAGCCCAGGCCCAGGCCCAGGCCCAGGCCCAGGCCCAGGCCGCCGCCAACGCCGCCUCAUCCGCGCAUCACGCCAGCGCCAAGAGCAACCGCCUCCCCGCCAACCUGCUGGACCAGUUUGAGAAACAGAUGCCCCUGCACCGGGGCGACGGCUUCCACACGCUGCAGUACCAGCGCACCUCCACCACCACCACCACCGCCACCGAGCAGCGCAGCGAGAGCCCCGGACGCAUCCGCCACCUGGUGCACUCGGUGCAGAAGCUCUUCACCAAGUCCCACUCGCUGGAGGGCUCGUCCAAGAUGAACGGCUCCAAGGGCGAGGCGGGCGGGGGGAGCUACCACCAGCACCAGCACCACCCGCAACACCCCCACCAGUACGGCCAACAUCCCCCCAAGCACGGCGGCAGCGGCAGCGGCGGCAGCAGCGGCGGCGGGAGCAGCAAGAGGAGCAAGAGCAAAGAGAGGAAGCAGCAGGCGCAGCAGCAGCAGCAGCAGCAGCAGCAGCAGCAGCAGCAGCAGCAGCAGCAGCAGCAGCGGUCGGGCGGCUGGUGGAGCUCCGACGACAACCUGGACAGCGACAGCACGUACCGGCCGCCGAGCGUCAUGUCGCGGCACCACCACCAGGGGGAGCACUACCACCACGCCCCCGUGGGCCACUGCUACUCGGACGUGACGCAGGGCCACCACUCCUCGCACCACUAUGGCGACCUGUCGCUCAAGACGUCGCGGAGCAACAACGACGUCAAGUGCUCGGCGUGCGAGCACCUGGCCAUGGCGCCCGAGGGGAAGUUCAUGAAGAGGAGCUCCUGGUCCACGCUGACCGUCAGCCAGGCCAAGGAGGCGUACAGGAAGUCGAGUCUAAACCUGGACAAGCCCAUGAUGCACACCGACCUGAAGCCAUCUUCGCGGCCCUGUCACUAUCUGCAGGUGCCCCAGGACGAGUGGAGCGGUUACCCCGGGGAUAAGGACGAGGAGAUCCCCUGUCGCAGGAUGCGCAGCAGCAGCUACGUCAAGGCCAUGGGCGAGGUGGACGACGACAGCGGCGACUCGGACGCCAGCCCCAAGACCUCCCCGCAGAGGGCCGUGCGGCCCGACGCCCUGGUGCUCAAGUCAGCCAUGCAGAGAGUCCACAUAGACCCCCACAGCUACCACUUACAGACCACCCGAGACAUGCGGCCACACACCAGCGUGACUCUGGACCCCAGCAGCUUCCACCCGCCGCCCUUCCGCUCGCGCAACCAGAGCUACAUGCGCGCUGUCAGCACCCUCAGUCAGGCUAGCUGCGUCAGCCAGGUGAGUGAGACUGAGGUCAAUGGCCAGUUUGAGUCAGUUUGCGAGUCCGUUUUUAGUGAAGUAGAAUCCCAGGCCAUGGAGGCCUUGGACCUGCCUGGCUCAUUCCGCACUCGAAGCCACAGUUACCUCCGUGCAAUUCAGGCCGGUUAUUCCCAAGACGACGACUGCUUGCCUUCAAUGACAUCCUCCACUGUCACUUCAACUCUCAGAUCCACAACAGGCGCCCGUAGCUUAGCGGGGGGGCGUAGAGUGUACGGUAGGUCUGGGAUCCAGUUUCGCCUCCCCUCCUCCUGCAGCGUGGACAGGGCUCAGCCCCCUCCAGCUGUGUCCUUCCCCUCAGGCCACACCAAGAAGACCCCGCCUCCCGUGCCUCCCCGCGUCACCCCCGCCACCCCCACCUCCACCACCACCCCCACCACCACCACCACCAAGCCUCUUAUCUCUGUGACAGCCCAGAGCAGCACAGAGUCCACGCAGGACGCCUACCUGGAGGGCCGCCCCCCGCGGGCCAGCGGGGCGGGGCUGUGGACCACCGACAGCCUGGGCCGCGCCAUCUACAACUCCACCGACAGCCUGGACAGCGGCAAGGCGGCCACCAUGGCCAUGGAGGCGGCGUCGGCCGCCUCCAUGGGCGGCAAGCGGCAUGCCUCGCUGGGCGGCAGCCACACCUCGGUGCAGACCUGUGACAAGGCCGUGCUGGUGUCCAAGGCCGAGGAGUACCUCAAGACGCCGCGCUCCUCCAUCGGCAUCCAGGUGGAGUCUGCCACGGACUCUGAGUGUGAGAGCAAAGGUCUUCCCCAGUUCCAUUCCAUAGGUAUCCAGGUGGAAGAUAACAAACGGCACGGGCGCUUCAAGCGCUCCAACAGCGUGACGGCGGCGGUGCAGGCCGACAUGGAGCUGGAGGGCUUCCCCUCCAUGGAGGACAAGGGCCUGCAGUUCGGGGGGAUGGGCGCCGGCGGCUUCGGCCGCCACUCGGAGCCCAGCACGCCCACCCAGUACGGGGCGGUGCGCACGGUGCGCACCCAGGGGCUGUUCAGCUACCGCGAGGACUACCGGCCCUCCAGCAGCGGGCCCCCCAGCCCCCAGCCCGACCCCUGGCUGUCGGAGCCCAGCCUGGAGGGGGCCGACGGCUCCCCAAGGGCCCGGGACGGGGGCUGGUUCAUGCAGCUGCUGCACGCCGAGAGCAAGCGGAUGGAGGGGUGGUGCAAGGAGAUGGAGCGCGAGGCGGAGGAGCACGACCUGUCCGAGGAGAUCCUGGGUAGGAUCCGGAGUGCAGUGGGCAGUGCUCAGCUGCUGAUGUCCCAGAAGUUCCAACAGUUCUACUGGCUCUGUCAGCAGAACAUGGACCCCGGUGCCAUGCCCAGACCCACCUCUCAGGACCUGGCUGGAUUCUGGGACCUCCUGCAGCUCUCCAUCGACGACGUCACUGCCAAGUUUGAUGAGCUGCAGCAGAUCAAGAGUAACCAGUGGCAACCGGUGGAGAGCCCCGAGAAGAAGGAGCGCAAGUGGCCGCCGCCGUCGUUGCCGAAGAGGCCGGCGAAGGGGCGCGGCGGCGUGACGCGGGAGCGCUCCCUGGACCUCCAGGACCGCCAGCGGCAGGAGGCCCGGCGGCGGCUGAUGGCCGCCAAGCGGGCCGCCUCCUUCAGGCAGAACUCGGCCACGGAGCGGGCGGACAGCAUCGAGAUCUACAUCCCCGAGGCCCAGACCCGCCUCUGAGGGCUGUGUGCCCAGGAGCCGCCUCCCUCGUCCCCGCGACCCUCCCUCCACGACCCCUCCAUCCUGUCCAUCCCGUUGGCCACUUUUUGUUUUUUUGGGGACCGUGUUGAGAGCAAGGAGAUACAGCAGCAGGUGAUUUAUCGAUUGAUUCAUUCAUUUAUUGAUUUAUUGAUUGAUUUAACUGUUUUGCCCAGAGAGAAUUAGCUCUUAGCUGUACCCUGAGAACCAACUUUUUAACGGAUGUCAAAAUUUCGGCGAACUCAUUGAUGAAGGGAUAGGGGUUCUUUUUUUUUGGGGGGGGGGGGGGGGUUGUGGGGGAUAGGGUCAGGGGUCGUCCCCCGAAGAACCUCCAGGUCCAGGUCCAUGGGUAUCUAUCGAUCUAUUUGUUCCUAUCGAUUUUGUACGUAGGAUCACUUUCACGGUGCAGCCUCUGAGUUAAGGUGGAUGUGUGUACUUUCCCCGGCGCGUGCAGAAGGGGAAUCACAAAGUGCAACUUUUCUCUCACCAGCAACAGUGGUCCGGGGCUGGAAGCACCCUGUGUAGAACAAAACGAGCCAGGGGCCUUCAAGGGACAGCAGCCACAGCCAUCAGCCACGCCCGACCCUCUCGCUCUCUCUGUCUACAUAUAUAUAUAUAUUGAAAUAGGGGGUGCAUCCUUAGACAGGGUGACGGGAGGGUCUGGCACUGAGGCUCGUUGCUGUUCUUUUAAAGUCAAAGGACGUGUCUCCAUUUCCUGCCAUGACUUUCCUUCCGUUUCCGCUAAAACCUAAAGGGCAUACACCGCCAUCCAUUGGCUCCUGCGUUGGACGAUACCAAAGUAAAAACAUAAACGAAGGGUGUCCUCACAUCUAAUAGGGCUGUAUGGCAGAGUUUUUUGGUUGUGUUCCGAAGUUCAUUUGAAUGUUACCAGGCAUGCCACGGCGGACGACCAACGUUGCUGAGAACGAGAUGUUGAUAAAGAGUCAUUUUAUUUGUGGUAUAUAAAGACGUGGGAUAUUUACUAAACUAUUUACAUUUUGGAAAAUAUCCAUAAAUAUAUAUAUAUAUAUAAAUGUAUAUAUAUAUAUUUACAUAUAUAUAUAUGUGUAAAGAUAUAUAUGUAAUUUGCUGCCAGAUAUAUUUCCAAUUUGCAGUUAAAAAAUGAAUACAUUCAAAUAUUUUUUUCUUUGUGAAGCUUGGGAAGAGUCUGACUGUAUCGUAACAAAAUGCAUUUUGCACCUUAAAAUAAUUCCUGUUUGUAUUUCCAAGGGAAAUGUGGUUUAUGAAGCUCAUCUUGUGGUAUUGUUGCAGUUGAAUUGCAAGGACAGAUAUGGAAAAUUGCCUACAGAGUACGACAUUAACCUAUAUCAAUCGCACCCCUUAGUUCUUUCCUUUAUUUCACAAUGAAGGCUCCGAGGACCCUCUUAUUAAAAUUGCAAUUCUAAUAUAUUUAAUUCUACUUAUAUAUUAUAUAUGACCUACAUUGCAUUAUAUGGUAUAUGUUUGAUAUUUAUAGUGAGUGAGUGGGUUAAUUUGACAGAAAAUUGGUCCUGAUUAAAAUAAAUCCUAUCUUAUUACAACAUUUUAAAAAGAGACGGAUAAAGAAGUAUUUUCUUUAUAGUGUGUUGAAGUAUUCGCCGUGUAAAGAGAUCACAGGUGCAAAAGACACUUUAACAAUAUUCAGUUACUAUAGUAAAUGGUGCUGCUUUUUACUCUACAACCCUUGUCCUUUACCCAGUCCUAUGUAUGUGCACGUGGAGACCGUACACACACACGUGCACACACACACACACACACACACGAACACCACUUUUUAAAUAAGAGAUUCAUUAAUAUAUGGUGCCCAUUGUCUCUCCAAUGCAUUUUGAGUAGAUGGAGACUCUGGAAAAAAAAAAGAAGAAUGAUCAUCUUUGCAAUGCCAUUGGCCUCAGUACACACACAGAGACACUCUUGUUUAGGACCGGCCUCCCUCUGAGAACUUAGUAGAUGUUUAGUUCUCUCGCAGGUGACCCAAGAGGCUGUGGCGUGUCACCAACAACAUUCAAAACAAACAAAGUGCAAUGCCCAACUUGAGCCACAGGGCAGCCUGCAGAUGAGCUGAAUAUACUGUACUGUACCUACCAUACUGCACACUACCAGAACCACAUCCACCCUCCUCUGUGCGUCAUACAACUAGUUAUCAUCCACUGAUCAAUGUGAGGGGCCGAUGUGAAGGGCCGAUGUGAGGGGCUGAUGUGAGGGGCUGAUGUGAAGGGCCGAUGUGAGGGGCCGAUGUGAGGUGCCGAUGUGAGGGGCCGAUGUGAGGGGCCGAUGUGAGGGGCCGAUGUGAGGGGCCGAUGUGAGGGGCUGAUAUGAGGGGCUGAUGUGAGGGGCUGAUGUGAAGGGCCGAUGUGAGGGGCCGAUGUGAGGGGCUGAUGUGAGGGGCCGAUGUGAGGGGCUGAUGUGAGGGGCCGAUGUGAGGGGCCGAUGUGAGGGGCUGAUGUGAGGGGCCGAUGUGAGGGGCCGAUGUGAAGGGGCCGAUGUGAGGGGCCAAUGUGAGGGGCCAAUGUGAAGGGGCCGAUGUGAGGGGCCAAUGUGAAGGGGCCGAUGUGAGGGGCCGAUGUGAGGGGCCGAUGUGAGGGGCCGAUGUGAGGGGCCGAUGUGAGGGGCCGAUGUGAGUGGCCGAUGUGAGGAGCCGAUGUGAGGGGCCGAUGUGAGGAGCCAAUGUGAGGGGCCGAUGUGAGGAGCCGAUGUGAGGGACCGAAGUGAGGAGCCGAUGUGAGGGGCCGAUGUGAAGGGGCUGAUGUGAGGCGCCGACGUGGGGCCAUGUAGUGUACAGUAUUUUAAGAUUAGAUUGGUUGGCAUUAGACAACUCCCUCUCUGGGUUCAACAUUGCUAGUGCAUGCAUGGCUUCUUACGGGCUGACAGGGUGACCCUCUCACCUGCUGAUGAAGCGUUGAUUGGGCAGACGGGUCAGGGGGGCCGGUAGCCCCGUCGCGCCUCCAUGAAGAAACAUGGAGGGGUUUUCAAAGGUGUGUGUGUGUGUGUGUGUGCGUGCGCGCGCGUGCGUGUGCGUGUGUGUGUGUGUGUGUGUGAAUGAAAGCACGCUGUUUACCACCCAACCCAUAAUUUGAAAGCUGACAGCAGCUUGGCUGCGAGGUGUGAGUGUACGAGGUUGCAGGGGACGGAGCGGGGGUUUGCAGUGGAUUGAGUUUCUCAGUCGGGGCUCUAACUAAGUCUCUGAAGCUCAGUAAAGGUUGACUAGGUUUACUGUUUGCGAUAUAUAGAGCUCGCUGUGGCCCUAGUGUUUGGUGAUGAGACCAAUGGCCACUUGGUACCAGCUUGUUGGAUCAUAGGCAAGCUGAGCGGGCUUAAAAGAUUGCAAGUUGAUGCAGUGAUAUUUUUAAAUCAAAGUUUUAUUAUCAGGUUUAGAUCUAACAGGGUUGAUUUACAGAUUCAGUGUGACUUCACCUUAUUUUAUUUACCAAAGUCUAUUUUCCUUCAUUGUCUAUAUAGAUUCCUGAUGAAGAUUUAUUUAAAUUGGUCUAGAUAAAAGUCCUACCCCUAGCUACGUGAGGGUAACUAGCUAGAGACAGAAAGAGUAAGAGAGAGAGAGAGGGAGAGAGAUUCAGCAACACCUCUAGUCACUUUCUUAAAAUGAAACAAUGCUAUCAUCUGCUUCUGAAACCAUUGUGUGCAGCAGCGAUGUCGAAAAUGAUACAAAAACACCGGACGUAACUGUAGUUGUGUUGUCUCCCCAGAAGCUGUAACCGGUAUAUUGUACAUUUUGUGAAGCAGGCGUCUGGGCCGAUCCGGCAGUGAUGGUGGAAUUCCGCAGAAGACUUCUCUGUCUUCAGGAUUACCAUGUUUCUUUCAUCUUUCAUUUUUCAAUUCCUCCUUAUCCUUUCAAGUCGCGAGGGGAGUUUGGCGUUUGGCAACUAUGUAUAUGACACAUCCUCAGGUGCCUUACGAUGUCACUCUUGCAGGUGAAGCGAAGUAGGCUGAGCAACGUGAAAUGUGGGGGGCGCAAAAACAAAAGAUAAACAAAUCUCCGAGGGAUUUGUCCACACAGGUUAUAACUCGUACUAGCAUCGCUAAAGGGCUUGGAAUCACGUUACUUCGACCAGAAAUUGAAAUUUCUAGUUGACUGGCUGCUCCACAUUCUAGCGUAAUAAGACUUCAGCACAAUAAAGGUUUAGGAAGAUGGGCAUUAAGGGUAUUAGCCUAUUGGAUAACAUGCAAGGAAUCAUGGGAUGUAUUCCUUUUUAUAUUUGGCUCACAUCUAUAUCUAUAAAUAAAUAAAUAUAUAUAGCUGUAUAUAUUAAUACAAAAUAAAGUCUCUAUAUCUACAUAUUAAUACUUUAUUAAGCUUUAUGGUUAAAGAUGGUGGAUUUUGUUUUGAUAGUUGUAACGGUAGUGAUCGUGAGUAUGAAUUACAAGAAAGAAAAAAAGAUAUAUAUAUAUUUGUGUAUACCGAAUGAGUACAGGGGCACUCAAGAUUCUGCAUGAGGACGUUGUUGUGUGUAUGUGUGCGUGCGUGUGUGUGCGUAGGCACGUGUGUCUGUGUGUGAGUGGAUGUGUUUAUGCGUAUGUGUGUCUGGGUGACUGAACAAAAAAUCCCAGAAUGCAACUGAAGUCAGGCUCUUUUCAGGCAGUUCAACAGUUGAUCAGAUAUUGAAACCACCCGACCGAUUUGUUCAGCCCAACGCAUUUCCUACAGACUAGCGGACAAAACAUUGACCUGCUGAAAAACAAAGUGGUGCAAUAUCGUGUCCAACAAUAUUAGGCAUGCAGGCGCACACACACAGAUAUUUACCUCACAAGUGCAGCGUGAAACAGGACGUAGGGUGUGUUUCUGACCUCACCACGGGAGCACUUGGUCACGCGUAUGUACUAUGCAGCACUUAAUCCCCUUGUCACAGCAAAAACUGCAGGCCCCCCCCCCCCCCACACAGACGCCCGCUAUUAGGACCAUCACCAAUGACACUAGAGGUGUAGCUUCGGAGGGACACACACACACCACUGGAACCUUUUGUUAAGGUCGUCGUGGUUACCCUGAUGCUGAUUGUCCCUGAUCAGGCCAUCCUGAGGAUAACCACUAUGAUGAGAGAUCUCCAAAGGGAAAGGGAAGUUUGUGUAAUGGAGAUUAUCUCCGAUUCUCGGAGUGCUUUUUCAAGCAGUUUACUCUUAAAUCAAGUGGCUGUUGGCUCUUGGUAGGAAAAAAAGGUUUUGUGCCGUCUUUUGAUACGCUAAAAGUGAAAGCUCAGAGUGUAGGCCUACAUGCUGUUGAUUUGAUUGCUUUGCCCUGUGCUCCUCCUCAAUGUGCCACUCUGACCUUUAUUUUGACAAUCAGCUCACACUGUAAAGUAUAUUAUAUAUUCUCACACACAUUCAAAUGUCUAAUGGCAGCAGUAACAUCCUCAAAAUACAACUUCUAUAUAUUUAUUUCCUCUCUCUCUCUUUUUCUCUCUCUCUCUCUCUCUCUCUCUCUCUCUCUCUCUCUCUCUCUCUCUCUCUCUCUCUCUCUCUCUCUCUCUCUCUCUCUCUCUCUCUCUCUCUCUCUCUCUCUCUCUCUCUCUCUCGCUCUCUCUUUCUGUAACCCACCUUGUAUCUGAAAUACAGGUAUGGUUCACAUAAGAAUCCUAUGAAACUGAAUUUAUAAUAUUUCUAUUUGAUGCAGUUGCACUGCAAAGAUGUCCUUCUUUCUGCUGCUCGCUCUCUCCUCUCAUAAAGCAUGCCAUCCUCAUGGUAGACACGGAGGCGACUAGACCAACGGUAUCACUGCACCCACACACACUUUAAAGUCUUCAUUACUUGCAUUCAACUGCCCAGAGUGUGAUUGUGAUUGUUGGAAUCGAAUGGGUUCAUACAAUACCAGACUAUAUACCAGAGUACAUCUGCUUCUCUAGCAAUAAGCCUUUUAUUGAAAUGUUGGACUCAUCGUGGUGCUGCUUAAACAGGAUUCUUGUUUUCCUGAAGACCACUACAAACAGAUAUUUUAAAUUGUAAUAGGCAGUAAAGAUUUGAUCUUUUGCCUCAUAUUUUUCAUGUAUCUUUAUUUAUUUUUUUGGCCCAACUUGCUGAUCACUGUCUUUAUAGAGCAAAACAACACAGGCCGCUAUUCACCCGCAGAGGUUUGAGAAUACUUCCAAGACCUACGAGUAAUUUGCAAUAUGAAAACACUGACCAGAAUGUAGGCCGUAUUUGUGCCAUUGGUUUACACCGUCGAUGUCCAGCCAAUCACGGCUUCCUGUACAAGCCCCUCCCACAUUGGUCUAAGCCAGUGAGCCCACAGAGAUGCUCCUGUAAUUGUAUAGCUGGAUGUUUUAUAAGGGGAGACAGCGGUCGCAGGCGCCUUUGGUGAAGAAAUGUCUGUGUUGUGGUUAGAAUGGGCAAAAGUGACAAGAAAAAAACUAUUAAUUAAAGGCUGAUAGCAUCAAGGUAAUUGUUUAGCUUAAAACUACUUUGAAUUGUUAGAUAUAUCAAUAAUGAGGAUGAAUAUAAUGCCAAAUAUUCAAUAUUUGUACAGAAAUAUACAUAUAUAAAUAUACAAUAUAUGCCUACUUUAAAUGGAACUAUUUUCCACUCCUCGCCAUGAUUUUAUUGUUAUUUUCUUUGUAAGAAUUAUUUUAUAAUUUUUCAGGUUUUCGGAUAGCAUGCGGGAUAGUGAUAAUGAAUGUAUUAUUUGGUGUUUCGUUGCUGUAUAGUAUUGCAGCAUCCUUUCAGUUUGUGUUAAUAUGAUUCAUUCACAUAUUAAGCUUGAUAUUUGAUUUAUACAUUUGUUUAUUGAAAAAAAAUACUACAAUUGUAAACUUUCUUUUUUCUAAAUGCAAGAUUUUAAAAAGUUUUGAACUAUUUAUAUGGUUAUUUUCCCGCUUUAUCAAUUGUGGUUUGAUUUUUGUCUCUUUGGAGUACUGCUAUCAAUCAUCUGUUGUAAAUAAUUAUGCAAAUUAAACUUUUUGGAAGAAAAACGAGAAAGCUGACAUGAAAACUGUUUCCCUUUUUUAAUCUUUAAAAUGUAUUGCCUGAGCAAGAACACUAGGAGGACGAGCAAAUACAUUCUGUACAGAAAUGAUACUGAAGGCCUGUGUUCGCAACAUUCAA